CUCUGUCCUUCCUCCUUCCGGUUAUGGAGGUCUGCUGAAGUUCAUUAAACGCAGCUGAGCUUAGAUCCACGACGAACCUCCAGUCUGAUCCAGAACAAGAACUCUAGUCUACGACAGGACUCAAGAUGCCGGUGGCUGUAGGUCCGUAUGGUCAGACCCAGCCCAGCUGUUUUGACCGGGUCAAGAUGGGCUUCAUGAUGGGCUUUGCGGUGGGAAUGGCUGCUGGCGCCAUGUUUGGCACUUUCUCCUGUCUCAGGAUCGGCAUGCGUGGCAGGGAGCUGAUGGGAGGCGUGGGGAAGACCAUGAUGCAGAGCGGGGGGACGUUUGGCACCUUCAUGGCCAUCGGUAUGGGCAUCCGCUGCUGAGGAGGAUGAGGAGCAGCGUCCUCCUCCUUCUCCACACAACUAUGGGACUUUUCAGAAACCUCCAAUCACAGCUCUCGGCUCAAUGAUGUCACGCUCUACCUGCAGUCCAGUUUUGUCAAUAAACGUUCACAUUUGUCAAACAGGU